AUGCUUCAUCUCGAUUUGAUCAGCACCCUCAAGGACCUUUUUGGGCGAUUUGACAAUGUUAGACCGUCCCAUGCCAAAGGUAUCUUCGUUACAGGCUCCUUUACUCCAACAGACGAGGCCAAGGAAUGGUCCACCGCACCCCAUUUCAGCUCUCCCUCGACACCAGUUCUAGCUAGAUUUUCUCUCUUCACUGGUAUUCCGAACUUGCCUUCAAACGACCCCAACGCAACUCCUCAUGGCUUCGCUGUGAGAUUCCUGAUCGGGGAUGGCGCCAAGACCGAUAUUGUCUGUCAAUCAUCAACCUUUUUCCCCGCUGGUACGCCGGAAAAUGUUCUUGCGUUCUUCAAAAGUUUCAGAGACGGCACUGUAGAGGAAUAUGUCAAGGACCAUCCCGAGGCCGCCCCUUUCGUGCUGGAAGAAAAGAAAACCGCAAAGAACUUUGGCACCCAGUCGUUUUACUCCAUCAACGCUUUCAAGUUUGUCAAUGCUGCCGGUAAAUCUGCCAUUAUCCGAUAUCGCUGGAUCCCAUUGUCAGGGAGACACUUUUUGACACAGAGCGAGCUCGAGGCCAAGGGGCCGAAUUUUCUCUUCGAUGAGCUACCUGAUAUCUUUGCCCAGGGGCCAAUUAGCUUCAAGUUGGUAGCGCAGGUCGCCGGGGAGGAUGACAUUACAGAUGACUGCACCAAAAUAUGGCCGGAAGACCGUAAGCUGGUGGAGCUUGGUGUGCUCAGCUUGACCAAGGUUACCGAUAAAGAAGAUCUUCCUCCUCAGAAGAACACUAUCGUCUAUAAUGUCGACCCUGGCGUGCAAGGUAUUGAGCCGUCAGCUGAUCCUAUAAUCGCUGCUCGUUCGCGGGUAUACGCGACGAGUGGGCAAACUCGCAGGGAGGCUGAGCCAGAAGCUUAG